AGCAGCUCUCUGCAAUCUGCAUAGUUUGAAAAUAAAGACACCAAAGAUGAUUUGCUCUCGAGAAAAUGAAGAAUCCAAUUCUGAGCUGUUUCAAGUAAAUAAUGUUCAACAAGAAGAAGAAGAGGAUGAAAGAUUGGAUUCCGGCGGCGCUAUCCAGCAACUCUCCAUGCUCCACCUCAUCUCCGCCGCCAAACACCACCGCCCCACCACCAAAACCCCGGAGAAAUGCACCUCCUGUGGCGGCUCAAUGAAACGCCCGUCCCCCUCAUUCCCUUCCUCUCUCCAAGAACCCUCCCCCAAAAGGCUCUCUCUGCUUCCACCCUCCCCUUCUCCUCUCUACCGGAGCCUCUCCGAACCAAUUGAUUCUCUGAGUAUACUAAACCCCCAAACUGCUGACAAUUCCAAGAUUUCACCGCCGCCGCCAAUCCUCUCUGACCCAUCUCCGGUGAAGAAUUCUGAGUCCCGGAAUCGGCCGCCAAUCCCUCCUCUCCAUAGAUCUUUAUCUGACCCCACCGCCGCAGCAUUAGAGUUCCGGCCCUCUCCGCCACAAACCAUCAAAUCCCCCGCUCAAGAGAGCCCCAAUACCAAGAGGGUUAAGAGGAUGAAAGAUAGAUUGAGACAGAUGAGAGAAUGGUGGGAUCAAGUGUUGCAAGAAGAAGAUGAAGAAGAAGAAGAAGAAGAAGAAGAUAACAACAACUCAAAGGAGGAGGAUAAGGGAGAGGAGGCCAAAACUUCGGAGGAAUCAGUGUGGGUGGAGGAGAAAGGUGGGGAGGGCUUAGUGAUCCACUUCAAGUGUCCGUGCAACAAAGGCUAUGAGAUUCUUCUCUCUGGAAACAACUGCUACUACAAACUCAUGUAGUACUCCAUCCAUCUAACCAUGCAUUUUUUCAAUUUACAAAUGCUAAUAACCAUUUUCUGUGUACUUCAUUUUCAAUUCCUGCUUCAACCCACUGUGUAGUUGAUGAUUUCUUCAAACUUUUGAUCCAAAACACAUUACUUUUAUCCAACUUAUUUCUUUAAAA